AUGCUCCAAAUUAGGCUUGAUGGUUUGCUGAUACAAGAGGGAAGUUCGGUAAAAGCAACAGGAAGAAUUGCUCAGAUACCAGUAAGUGAGGGUUAUUUGGGUCGUGUUGUAAAUGCCCUAGCUAAACCUAUUGAUGGUAGAGGAGAAAUUUCAUCUUUGAAAUCUCGGUUAAUCGAAUCUCCCGCUCCUGGUAUUAUUUCCAGACGUUCUAUGUAUGAGCCUCUUCAAACGGGACUUAUUGCUAUUGAUUCUAUGAUCCCUAUAGGGUGUGGCCAGCGAGAAUUAAUUAUUGGAGACAGACAAACAAGUAAAACAGUAGUAGCAACAGAUACAAUUCUCAAUCAAAAGGGACAAAAUGUAAUAUGUGUUUAUGUAGCUAUUGGUCAAAAUGCAUCUUCUGUGACUCAAGUGGUAACUAUUUUACAAGAAAGAGGGGCAAUGGAGUACACUAUUAUAGUGGUUGAAACAACAAAUUAUCUAGCUACAUUACAAUACCUCGCUCCUUAUACAGGUGCAGCUCUGGCUGAAUAUUUUAUGUACCGUGAACGUCACACUUUAAUCAUUUAUGGGAUCAUUCUUUUUGUGUAUAUCGAAUCUCUCUACCUUUUUUGA